UAUCUGGUACUACACGAGGUUAGAAUAAAUAUCAGUUUACAAGCCUUGCUUUCAGACAGUGUUGCACUUCCUUGGUCACGUGGGGAUGGAAUUGUCCCCUCCCCUUGAAUGGCUUCUUUCACAGUAGCUUAAACUGUGUUCCUGUGAUCUCAUAGUGCUGUAUACAUCUGUAUGUGGAGUGGCUGCUAACGGCUCUCACCUGAAGAGAAGAAAGGACACAUUCACUGCAACUCUCCCAUCAGAGGAAAGUGGCGACUCCCUCUAGAAGAGAACAGAGAGGUUCACAGCAUGUAGCUGACACCCAGGGAGGGGCUGACGUGUUGGGGGUGUGUUCUCGUGCCUGGAACUGCGAGAGGGGUUUAAAUCUGCAGAUCCCACUGACAAUACCUGAAGACUGCCUUAUCUUGGUGAAAGCCAAGGAACAAAGAUGGAGUCUGUUUACAUUAAACAGGAGGAUGUUCUGGAAUUGGUACCUAUCUGCAUUAAACAGGAGAUGCCUGAACUGGAGCCUGUCCACAUUAAAGAAGAGACUGAACUGGAGCCUGUCCACAUUAAAGAAGAGACUGAACUGGAGCCUGUCCACAUUAAAGAAGAGACUGAACUGGAGCCUGUCCACAUGAAACAAGAGGCUGAACUGGAGCCUGUCCACAUGAAACAAGAGACUGAACUGGAGCCUGUCCACAUUAAAGAAGAGACUGAACUGGAGCCUGUCCACAUUAAAGAAGAGACUGAACUGGAGCCUGUCCACAUUAAAGAAGAGACUGAACUGGAGCCUGUCCACAUGAAACAAGAGACUGAACUGGAGCCUGUCCACAUUAAAGAAGAGACUGAACUGGAGCCUGUCCACAUUAAAGAAGAGACUGAACUGGAGCCUGUCCACAUUAAAGAAGAGACUGAACUGGAGCCUGUCCACAUUAAAGAAGAGACUGAACUGCAAUCUGUUCACAUUAAAGAGGAGUCUAUUGACUUGUUGUUUAAGGAUUCAGAAAACAUGUCCAAGCCAAAGAGAUCACAUCAAUGUAGUGAAUGUGGUAAGCGCUUCAGUCAGUUAGGAGACCUAAAAAGACACCAACAAAUUCACACUGGAGAAAAGCCGUAUCACUGUUUUGAUUGUGGGAAGAGAUUCAGUCAGUUAGGAAGCCUAAAAACACACCAGCAAAUUCACACUGGAGAGAAGCCAUAUCACUGUAGUGAAUGUGGAAAGAGCUUCAGAGAGUCUGGAACACGAAACAGACACCAAAGAAUUCACACAGGAGAGAAGCUGUAUCACUGCGCUGACUGUGGGGAGAGUUUCAGAGAAUCUGGAACACUAAACAGACAUCAACGAAUUCACACUGGAGAGAAGCCAUAUUACUGUACAGUAUGUGGGAAGAGUUUCAGAGAAUCAGGAAACCUAAAAACACACCAGCGAAUUCACACAGGAGAGAAGCCAUAUCACUGCCUGCACUGUGGGGAGAGUUUCAGUGAGUCAGGAAACCUAAAAACACACCAGCGAAUUCACACAGGAGAGAAGCCAUAUCACUGCCUGCACUGUGGGGAGAGUUUCAGUGAGUCAGGAAACCUAAAAACACACCAGCGAAUUCACACUGGAGAGAAGCCAUACCACUGUACUGACUGUGGGAAGAGAUUCAAUCAGUUAGGAAACUUAAAAGCACACCAGCGAAUUCACACUGGAGAGAAGCCGUAUCACUGUACAAAUUGUGACGAGAUAUUUGCUUUCUCCAGUCAAGUGAAAAAGCAUCAAUGCCAGUUUUGAAAAUACAGAUGAAAGUCAGUGCGUUUACAUGGCCAGUAAUAUUCCACGAGUACUGGGAAUAUGAAGAGGAAUCUUCCACCUCUGCGUAUUUGGAAUAUUGGAGGUGGCAUAUUCCACUAGUAUGCAGAAUACUAGUGGAAUAUAAAGCCAUGUAAACAGCGUAUUCUGACUAUGAAGCAUAACCCACAACAGACACGCACAAUAACAAAUACUCAAGUAAACAUGACAGCACAUCCGAGAAAACGCAGCUACUUGUGGUCUGAGGAGACAUCACAUUUAUUAAGGAUUUAAAAGUCGUAAAACAGCUUGAUGGCGGAAACAGAGAAGUGUUUAAAAGAAAAAAUCAUGAAGCGGAUUUGCGAGAACUGGAUCCAGUUUGUCACCAUUUGUCAUGUAAAGUUUUGAAAGCACAGUACUAUAAAGAAAAAAAACAAGUGGGGCAAAUUUAUCAUUUUUUCCUCAGUUCAGCGUUAUGAAUGACUGUGACAGAUCAAAUGGUGCUUGGUGUUAGAUCUCCCUCUCGUCCUGUGAGGGCACUGUGUAAUGGGAACAGAGUACCCUUAACUAAAUGGCACGACAAUGUAUUCCGUAGGGUAGGUGGAAGUUGGUCAUUUAGGAAAGGGGCGCAGCUAUGGUAUCCAAACUCAGUGACCCAGACGGUAAACGGUGUGGCAUCUGAGGAUUGGAGGACCGGAUACGCUCGUUAACCUAGGGGUCAUGAGCGAGGAUAUAAAUAGGGGACUUAGCAUACGUGAUCUGUUCCUUGGUAAAUGGUUAGUGUUGAAAACCUACAAGGAGUCUGUGUGCUGUAUCAUGAACCGUGAGUUUUGUCUUGUGUGUGUUAGUGUUUUGUUAACUGUCUAACUUUUUUAAUAGACUACAAGUUGCACAAUCCGGAGCUGUAGCAGAAGCCAGCAUAAACCCGGACAUCACUUUCACCCCUGCAUUUCACAGAGAACUGUAUUACACCACUUGCACAUAUUCACUAUCACUAAAAACUGUGUUUGUGUUUUGUGUUUAGUGUUGGUGUGUAAAACUGGACUUUUGGUUACGGGUCAAACCCGGGGAAUUACAAAUACCGAGUGAUACACGUCACUGUAUCACUAUAACAUUAUUAUUUACAGGUGUUUACCAUAAGGCUCUGGACAUUGCUAAUUAAAUCAAUAAACACCCUUGCACCUGGAAAUCAUUGUCUGUCUGUUUUGAAUCAGCUCUGCACUGCACUCACCUUUAUUCACUUACCACUUUGUCAAAAAUUAUCAGUUUAUAAAAUUAACAGAAUUGAAAUAUACAAACUAAAUACUGGACAAGUGGUUUAUCUUUACCAGCGCUGAAUAAAUCCUGUGGUACCAACAGUGUCUUUCAAAAGGUAAAAACAGACGGUUUUGAAUGCCUUGACACCACUGAGAGAGGACAGGACACCUCUUAAAUCCAGCUGACAUAGUCGAAACAGCGGACCAAUUGAGAACACUGGGCCAUCUCGGAACGACAAUAACCAAUGGGAAACAUCCCACGUGGACUUGGGCACAGCCCAAAAUAAACAAACUAUCCAAUCACAAGGGUGAAUAGAGGAUUACAAAAGAAGCAGCUCAACUUUCAAACAGUACUCCCGACACGAAACCCAAGGCUUUUGUCACAUAAACAAGUCUCUGAACUUUGACAAUCUGAAGACCAGACUGUGACUGGCUUGAACAGAGAUACCGUUUUCGGAAAAUCUGAUACGAGAUAAAUACUCUAGUGUUUGACUUGGUGUGGGAGUCUGCUGUGUAAGACAUCUAAAAUCCUAAAAGUACUUGUAAUCAAAUCACUAACUUAGCCCUGCGAUCAACGGAGAAAGAGUUGGAUGAACAUUUGAAGUCGACAGAGAUUGAAAUACAUUCAGUCUGUUGAGCUAGCAGUGCCGGAGUUUGCGCUGGAAUAUCUCAGACGUAACCGGAUGAAGAGCGCACAUCUUGUGGAGGAAUUGCUGUUUCAGUGGAAUACCUCAAUAAUUAAUGACUCUUGUGUUUGCAAAAACAUUUUGUUUCGUACCCUGAAGUGGAGACGAAACGUGAGGAAAACAGAAACCGGAAUCUGAACUUUCCCUUCGUCUACAGGAGCGCUUUUGAAUGCCUGUUUUGUUGAAGACAUGGAUCAACUGAAGGAGGAGCAAAAAUCUGUUAAGUAUAGUGUUUUAUCCUGUUAUGAACUUGAGAAUACGCCAACUUUAAAGUAAAAUUAAUGUUUUGGUUUGAGGUAGAAUGUAAGAAAAGCAUUAUUGCUUUCAAUUCAUGCUUUUUUUAAUGAACAGUAUAGUAAUUGUGUGUGAUUUAUACACAUUGAUGUGGGUAUUACAAGGCAAAUAUCAUUCUGCGUUUAAGUUAGAAUCCAAAUUUAGCUGUCUUGAUAAUACAUAAUUCUCGAUAUGGUGUCUGGACGCAAGGAGCGUCUUUAUCUUGCAAGAGUGAAAAUUGCCUCCUGAACCAAAACAUGUGUAUGAGACUAAUUUAACAAUGCUUUGAUUAUAAAAUAUUAACAAAAGUAAAUAUUUGUGUUACUAACAAUACCCCUGUUAAGACUAACCUUUGUCUUAAAUAGCCCAUAGAUUGCUUUAAAUCACUAAUCAACUAUUGGGAGUGGAGUGUUUAAAUUUUCUUUUCUGUGCUGUUUGGUUUAGUUAAUUCUUCCUUUCUGUAUUACUUUAGUUUAGUUGUUGCACCUUUAAUUUCUCCUUUAAUCAGUUUUAUUUAUAAUAAAACUAUUCCUUUAUAUUCACUAGAA